AAAUGGGCUUUAAAAUCACCAGGUCCAGAGCUUGAAUUUCCCUUGCAAUAGUGUGGGGAAGUCUCUUCAGCUGUGUCCAUAGACACUUUUCUUAGUCAUCUCCAUAUACCACGGAGCAGGGCUGGAGCCUGGAAAGGACACAGAGGUCAUGUGCACCAUCAGAGGGAUGCCUGGAGUCAGAACUUCCUCAGACAGAAGGAGCUGAACUUUCUUUGAGGAAGUGGCACCAGCAGAGUCGUCCCUGGCUUUCUCAGACGUCUUGACUCAUAGUGUGACACGGGCUGAAGACACUGUGGAAGUGGCCCUCGGACCUGACACCUCAGGGAACUUGAUUCCUGCCAUUGGAAGUUCUUCCUAGGACUUGCUGCUGUUUCCAACGUCUCUUCCUGGAAAGCACAGCACACUACUGGUUGGUCCAGCAGAAAAGCUCUCUGGUGCUGAGGUGUUGGCUGGGGACUGUCUGCUCAGAGGUCAGAGGAGUGGGAAUGCUCUCAGCUCCUUCCCAGAAUCCACAAGGAGUCCAAGGCAGUGGUUGCCCUCUGUGGAAGGGCCUGUGUCGUCUGCUCCAGUGUCCCUGGCAUACCCCCCUGCUCCCGCACCCUGCCUGUCACAGGAGCCAAGUCAGCCCCAAAGACUAUGAACUUCUCCUCCGAGAACUGCAACAUAUCUGACUGGCUGAAGCUAGAGGCAACCGUGAAGGCCUCUGUGUACGUGGUGACUUUCUCUAUUGCCACAUCCAUCACCAUUGUCAUUACUGCAAUAGUGUCACAGAAUCUGCAGCUGAGGAAAGACGUCCGACUAGUCUUCCUUUGCCAUCACCUGCUAUGUAUCUCUUCCUACUGUGGCCUGGGGGUUGUCUUCCAAGGAAUGCGGGCCUUGAUGGCCAACAGUCCCCUGCUGCUAUGCUGGCUGGUAUUUGGUGCACAGCUAAGUGUUGGAGAAGGGAUCCUCCUUACUCUGGCCUUGAUGGCUCUCAACACUUAUCUUGACAUUUGUUAUCCCCUGAACUCUCCAUCCAUGGUAGAUCGUGCUAAGUACAGGAUUCUGACUGCGACCUGGACCACUGUUAUACUCAAGAAUGUUGGCUUAUUCCUCAUAGAAGGCACUAACCCUGCUCCAGCCUCUGUUUUCCAGUCUGCCCCGCUCUGUCCUGUGAUCUUGAAUGGCAUGCCUGCCAGAGUCAUCGGCAUGUUUUUCCUUGCCCUUCUGUUAUCCGUCAUUCUUGUGAGUUACUGUCUGAUAUACCGAGAAGGGAAGCGGGCAGGCCAUUUUAACAGAUCAAACAUCAAGGCCAGGAGAACUGUCCUUGUUCAUCUACUGCAGAUAAGCUUACACAUGAUACCCACCCUGCUAUUCAUAGGUUUGGGAAAACAAUGUGGGACGUUUUUCUUUGCUCUAAACCUGGUGCUUUUUGGUGUCUUCGCAUUUGCUCAGUGUUUCAACCCUCUGGUAUACGGGUUACGCAACAGAGAGCUGCAGAGAAAAUUGUACCCUUGGCUGCACUGUCAGAAGAAGCAGCAGGGGGCUAGUUUAAACAAAAAUUUAGUUCUUCGGAGCAACUCCAGCCUUAAUAGGUGUGUCAGUUUAGGUUAAGAACUUGACUUGUGUUCUACCCAAAACUGUCGCCUGGCUUUGAUUCAGAAAGUACUGAGACUUCUCUGCUGCACCUUGGUGAGGUCAGCCAGUGCCUUUAACUCUAAAUCCAGAUGAGCUCUUUCUUCUGAUGCAUCUGAGCGUGAUAGCUGAAAGGGCCGGAUACAGGAGUCACAUGAUAAUGAAAACAUUGGAAAAGUUGGAGGAAACAGAAGUCAGGAAUCCCGCCGAUUGGUGUCACAUCAAGGUAGGACAAGUAGUCCUGUGCUCUGGGCACUCAUAUCUUGACAUCUUUGUCAGCCAGGAGAAAGAGAAACAAGAUGGCUUCUACCUCCUCCCAUCUUCCAUAUGUCACAUACUCUCCUGUAAUUGGUGGAACCUAACUGGCCAUUGAGACCCUAAAAGCAAAGGAGUCUGGGAAAUGUAGUUCUUAGUUUUACUGAUUUGGUAGUCUGGGAAGUUACCUCACAAGGGGGAGUGAGUGAGGACUGAAUGAGCCAGCUUAUGGGCCCCUCUCUUACUACACUUAGUUUUAUUUACAGAUUAUAAUGCUAACAGAAACAAAAGGCACUAGUGGGAUUACGUUCCUCUCACUAUACAAGCCAUUUUACACCAUGUCAACCCUCACAACAAUUUUGUAAUGUAGACAUAACUACUCUUGAUUUACAAAUGAAAAAAUGGAGAUUGAGAAAUGUAAGCCUAGGAGGUUCUAAAUCUUACAGUUCUCAUAAAAUUUUCUGCAUAUGCUUUUUGGCA